AUGGGGUGUGGGGCUUCAAAUAACGUUGCAGCCGACGAUUCACAACACGUCCCUAAUGCUGCUGUCAAAUCAACAUCGUCACGAUCAUUACAAGAGGAUCAGCGAAAACAACAAACGACAGAACGUGUUUCACCUGCGCCACAAGCCUCUACAACAGCUUCAACGUUGAAUACAAUGAAUGUUCUUAUUAGUUGUCAUACUAAUCAACAGCAAAUUGCUGAACAAAUAAAAAAUAAUUUAAGUAAACAUCGUUUUACAUGUUAUAUUAUUAAUGAAACAACGCCGGAAUCAAUAGUUGCUCGUGCAAAUCUUAUUCGUUGGUGUAAUGUAUUUAUUGUUAAUAUUAGUCGAAUGUAUCAACAAACAGCCUUCUGUAUGGAAACGAUUAAUUAUGCAAAAGAUGUUCGCAAACCAGUUAUUGCAAUUUAUGCUGAGUCAAAUUUUCAGCCUUAUGGUGCUUUAGGAGCUAUAUCAGCUAGUGCUAUUCAAUCAAUAGUACUUACAAAUGAUGGUGUAUCAGAAAAUAUUAUUGCACAAUUAUCUAAUAUUAUUUCUUCUCAAGAAAAUAAAAAGAAUACUGGCAAAAAUGUUACCGAUCCAGAAAAAAUACAAACUGAUAAUAAUCGUGUAAAUCUUAUUUAUAAUGAUAAACCAUGUACUGUUCUUAUUUGUACAACUGAUGAAGGUUUACCGGUUGCAAAAUUAAUAUAUAAUGAAUUUUCUGCAAAAAAUUUAAAUGCUUUAGUUGAAAAUCUUUCAGAUGCAAAUGCUACUUGUAGUGUUAGACAAUGUAUCGUUUUCAUACCAAUUCUUUCAGCAGGAUUUGAAAAAAAACCAGCUUGUCGAAUAGCAUUUGAAGAAGCUCGUCAACUUCAAAUACCGAUUAUACCUGUUAUGUCUGCUAUAGAUUGGAAACCUCAAGAUUGGCUUGGUAUCACAGUAGCCGGUGCGACAUAUUUUCGAAUUUAUACUCAAGUUAGUGCAUAUAAACCACUCUAUGAUAGUAAUCGUAUGACUGAUCUCCGUGUAGCAGUCGAAAUUGCAUGUCAACCACGUCCUAGUCAAGCUGAACGUGAACAAACAGAAAUGAAGAUAUUAAAAGAAAAAAUUGAAGAAUGUAAAAAUAAAUUACAAACAUGGCCACCAUCACGUAAAGUACGUACUAUUAAUUCGACAACGGAUCGACAACCAGUUCGUGUUGCCAUAGCAGAACCCAAUGCUACACUUGCUUUUAAUCAUAUUCAUCAUACAAUUACACGUAUGGAUAUAAAAGCACCUCCACCAAUUCUUGAUGAAUAUGGAUUACCAAAACGAGUUCAACUCGAUUGUAUGAUUAGCUAUCAAUGGGAUAAUCAGAUAUUUGUUCGUACAGUAUAUGAAGAUAUGUUAAUGCGUGAAGUUAAGGCUUGGUUUGAUAUAUAUGGUUCUAUGCAAGGGAAUACAAAUGACGCAAUGGCAACAGGUGUGGAAUGUGCUAAGGUAAUGCUUGUUUUUCUAUCAAAACCUUAUGUUGAAUCUACUAAUUGUCAAUUGGAAUUUCGUUAUGCUGUUAAACGUGGUAAAGCAUUUGUCAUUAUUCGAACACAACCUAAUAUUCAAAUGGAACAAUGGAUGACUGAAGCAAUUCAAGGCUUUCCUCAAUAUAAUGCUUUUAGUUAUGAUUACUUGGAAAAACCGAUUAAUGGUGUUCCAACAAUUGAUGUCAUCGUACAGGCUAUACGUACAUUAGCUCAAGCACAACCAACUGAAACUAUAGAUGAUUGUUCAGCUGAAUUAUUUGAAUUACGUUCACUUCUUGAUGAUGCACGUGAUGCGUUAUAUAAUGAUGCAGGACAAACUCGUUAUAAAACAUGUACUCGUUGUAAUCAACAAUUUGAUGAAUUUACAAAAGGUGGCUGUAAAAAACAUCGUGCAUACUAUAUGGGUGGUACUAUUCUAGAAGGUCGAUGGGUUUGUUGUAGACAACAAGCAACAGAUUCUCCUGGUUGUGAACCAUGUGAUCAUACAGAUGCAGUUCGUGUAUAUACACAAAAUCCUGAUUAUGGUACAUGGACAUGGGAACCAGCUUAA